UUUGUUUCUUCAUUGACUCGCUACCAUGGAAGCUCUCAUUGCAGGAAGCAACGAGUUUCUUGAUCGUCAAAUCCACAUGCAAGAUACCAUAGCUACGAAGCUUGAAGCAUACAAGGGACUUUUGCAAAAAGCGAAAGACACCGUUGCUGCCGAUCCUUCAAAAGCACAGUAUUGCGUGCAGCAACUGGAGGAAAAGACGAAAAAGCUGAGCUUUCAUCGAUCGCAAAAAGAGUUUCAAAACGCAUUACUGAAAUUCGGCAAGGAUGUUGAACGACGCUUUAAGCAAGACUUGUCGGCAAUAUACCAUCCCGAAGCAUUUGCGGGAAAGGAGCACUUGAUUACACAAGCACUCAUAACUCAUUUCAUACAUCAGGGUCAGUUUGACCUCUGCGACGUAUUCAUGCGAGAAGCCGCUAUUGACGAUACCGACCCCUUUGCUAAGAAUAUCGCGAACCUAAAGCAGCUAUUUGGUCAAAUGUACAGCAUAUUGCGGGAAAUGGAAGAGUCGCAAGAUUUAACAAAUGCUAUCCAAUGGGCAGAAGAACAUCACGACCGAUUAGCCAGUAUCGGCAGUAGUCUUGAAUUUAAUCUGCAUCGAUUACACGUAAUCAAGUUGCUGUGCGAUCGUCGCAAGGUGGAAGCUAUAAUGUAUAGUCAAAAACAUUUCACUGCUUUCGGAGAUAAGCAUUUUACAGAUAUCAAGCGUUUGAUGGCAUCUCUUAUUUAUGAUGAUAUUCAGUCCUCACCUUAUGCUGAUUUAUGCUCACCAACUUUGUGGGUGGAUGCUCGUAUGGAAUUUCAACGAGACUUCUGCUCCUUGUUAACAAAGAGCGCGGAGAGUCCACUUUACGCAAGUGUGCUUGUGGGCACCACGGCCUUACCGGUUAUUAUGAAAUUAUACAAGAUUAUGAGCGCCAAGAAAACGGAAUGGAGUCAGCAGAACGAAUUGCCCGUAGAAAUUCCUUUGGAUGAAAAUCUUCGUUUCCAUUCUGUCUUUGCUUGUCCUGUGAGCAAAGAACAGGCCACGGAUGAUAAUCCUCCUAUGCGUAUGCCUUGUGGUCACGUUAUUUGCAAGGAGAGUUUGACGCGGCUCAGCAGAAGCAGCAGGUAUGGAAGAAAUUCGGCCCGCUUCAAAUGCCCUUACUGCCCGUCAGAAUCAUCCAUGGAUCAGGCUACCCUUGUUUACUUUUAAAAUUUCUUUCCUUUGUACAAAUGAUCACACCCUCUAUUUCCCUUCCCCGCCUUUCCGCACUUCAGAGGUCCUCUCACGCGCAGUUUCCCCAGUGUUUCCCUUCUUUCUCUCUUUCUCGAUCUUACUCUUUUGUUUCAAGUCCAAUGUCAUUUCGAUAUCACAAACGAGCCAAGAAAAGUUUAAUUGGUUUUAUGCAACAUUUCAUACCGA